ACGGAACUGGCGGCGACCGUGACGGCGACGUUCACGACUACGGUCUCCCUGCUUUUCUCAUCGAACAUCCUCAUUACACUUCUCGAUCCUCCACCAUGCAAGGCUACUUCCAACGCAGGAUUCUUCGUAUAGAAGCCACAUUUGGAAUUUCUAUGCUCGAGCCCUGGGAGAAGUUCUUUUAUCUGACGGUGGUGUUCUUACUUGCCAUCCUCGUGUUCACGGGGUUGUAUCAGUAUCUACCUCAGCAUCUCAUUGAUAUGCAGCGGCGUGUCACUUACUAUUUGUGGGGCGGCUCUGAGAGCGAAGAACGACUAUUGCAGCAUUUGUGGGAUGCCACAACGAAAACGGAGCUUUAGUUGUGGUACCUACCUAUCUCCCUCGAAUGUCAAGUCCCUUGGAACGACUUGAUUCAUUGUACUCGUCUCCACAAGUUAUCGUCCCAUAUACUCAUACGCGGUCUCCUAUUCUAUGGCGCCCUUCUGGAAUAUUCUUAGCGUCCAUCACCCCCAUUUUAACGACUCGAACUCGGACUUUGUGCUUGCAUAUGAGGCUGGCAGGUGAAAUAGACGGCAGUCGCCACGCUUUUUUCAUCAGCGAGGACUAUAUCCGUUUUUGUUUUUUUUCUGAUGGAUUUUUCUAGAGGUACACAGUUGGUAAUAUUAUCCUGUGUCAAAGUGACAGAUGGGGAGCAUGACGUUCUGAACAGAAAAGUCUUU